AUGAAUGGAGUCGCCUUCUGCCUGGUCGGGAUCCCGCCCCGCCCGGAGCCCCGGCCCCCCCAGCUGCCACUGGGCCCGAGAGAUGGGUGCUCUCCUAGGCGCCCCCUCCCCUGGCAGGGGCCGAGGACGCUACUGCUGCACAAAAGUCUCCAGGAUGGCUUUGGCUUCACCCUGCGCCACUUCAUCGUGUACCCACCUGAGUCGGCCGUGCACUGCAGCCUGAAGGAGGAAGAGAAUGGAGGCCGAGGAGGAGGACCCUCCCCCUGGCCCCGCCUGGAGCCCAUGGACACCAUCUUUGUCAAGAAUGUGAAGGAUGCUGGCCCUGCCCACAGGGCAGGGCUUCGCACAGGAGACCGGCUGGUGAAGGUGAACGGGGAGAGCGUCAUUGGGAAGACCUACUCCCAGGUCAUAGCUCUGAUCCAGAACAGUGAUGACACUCUGGAACUCUCCAUCAUGCCCAAGGACGAGGACAUCCUCCAGCUGGCCUACUCGCAGGACGCCUACCUGAAGGGGAACGAGCCGUAUUCUGGAGAGGCCCGCAGCAUCCCAGAGCCGCCCCCAAUCUGCUACCCCCGCAAGACCUACGCCCCACCGGCCCGGGUCUCCACCUGGGCCACUAUGGUGCCUGAGCCCGUCUCAGCACUGCCUAGUGACCCCCGGAGUCCUACUGCCUGGAGUGACCCGGGGCCCCGUGUCCCGUCUUCCACCCGUGCCCACCUGGACAACUCUUCCUUGGGGAUGAGCCAGCCCCGCCCCAGCCCUGGUGCCUUCCCCCACCUUCCCUCGGAGCCCCGGACGCCCCGUGCCUUUCCGGAGCCUGGCAGCCGGGUGCCCCCCAGCAGACUGGAGUGCCAGCAGGCCUUGUCACACUGGCUGUCGAACCAAGUCCCCCGCAGGGCGGGUGAGAGACGGUGCCCAGCCAUGCCUCCCCGGGCCCGCAGCGCCUCCCAGGACCGGCUGGAGGAGGUGACUGCCCACCGCCCGUGGCCCUGCUCCACCUCCCAGGAUGCCUUGAGCCAGCUGGGCCGGGAGGGCUGGCACCGAGCUCGCUCAGAUGACUACCUGAGCCGGGCCACCCGCUCAGCUGAGGCACUGGGGCCAGGGGCACUGGUGUCGCCCCGCUUCGAGCGCUGUGGCUGGGCUUCCCAGCGUCCAUCUGCCCGCACCCCUGCCUGCGCACCUCGGGACCUGCCAGGGCCCCAGGCCCCACCCCCACCUGGCCUGCAGGGCCUGGAUGACAUCGGGUACAUCGGGUACCGGAGCUACAGCCCAUCAUUCCAGCGCCGGACUGGCCUCCUGCACGCGCUUUCCUUCCGGGACUCACCCUUUGGGGGGCUGCCCACCUUCAACUUGGCCCAGUCCCCUGCACCAUUCCCACCAGAAGCUGCCGAACCACCCAGGGUUGUGCGGCCAGAACCUGGUGCCCGGGCCCUGGAGCCUCCCGCCGAGGACCGCCGCGAUGAGGUGGUCCUGAGGCAGAAGCCUCCGACGGGCCGCAAGAUCCAGCUGACCCCUGCCAGACAGAUGAACCUUGGACUUGGUGACGAGCCCCCAGAGCCAGAGGCCAGUGGGCGAGGGGAGCGUCUAGGCAGGAAGGUGGCCCCUUUGGCCACUACUGAAGACUCUCUGGCUUCCAUCCCCUUCAUUGAUGAACCCACCAGCCCCAGCAUUGACCUCCAAGCCAAGCACGUCCCCGCCUCCGCUGUUGUCUCCAGUGCCAUGAACUCAGCCCCCGUCCUGGGCACCAGCCCGUCCUCCCCAACCUUCACCUUUGCCCUUGGCCGCCAUUACUCGCAGGACUGCAGCAGCAUCAAGGCUGGCCGCCGCUCCUCCUACCUGCUGGCCAUCACCACGGAGCGCUCCAAGUCCUGCGACGAUGGGCUCAACACCUUCCGGGAUGAGGGCCGGGCUCUGCGGCGCCUGCCGGACCGAGUGCCCAGCCUGCGGGUGCUUCGCAGCUUCUUCACCGAUGGGUCCUUGGAUAGCUGGGGCACCUCCGAAGAUGCUGACGCCCCUUCUAAGCGACAUUCAACCUCUGACCUCUCAGAUGCGACCUUCAGCGAUAUCAGGAGAGAAGGCUGGUUGUGUUACAAACAGAUCCUCACCAAGAAGGGGAAGAAAGCGGGCAGCGGCCUGCGCCAGUGGAAGCGGGUGUACGCCGCGCUGCGGGCGCGCUCGCUCUCGCUGAGCAAGGAGCGGCGGGAGCCCGGGCCGGCGGCGGGGGCUGCGGCGGCCGGCGCAGGUGAGGACGAGGCGGCGCCCGUCUGCAUCGGCUCCUGCCUGGUGGACAUCUCCUACAGCGAGACCAAGAGGAGGCACGUGUUCCGGCUGACCACCGCUGACUUCUGUGAAUAUCUCUUUCAGGCUGAGGACCGGGAUGACAUGCUGGGCUGGAUCAGAGCGAUCCGAGAGAACAGCAGGGCCGAGGGCGAGGACCCCGGCUGUGCCAACCAAGCUCUGAUCAGCAAGAAGCUUAAUGAUUACCGCAAAGUAAGCCAUAGCUCUGGGCCCAAAGCUGACUCCUCCCCCAAAGGCUCUCGUGGCCUGGGGGGCCUCAAGUCUGAGUUCCUCAAACAGAGUACAGCACGGGGCCUCCGCACUCAGGACCAGCCCGCAGGGAGCAAGGAUGACAGUGCUGCUACCUCCAGAACCCCCUGGAGCAUCAACAUCAUCAAGAAGAACAAGAAGGCAGCCCCGAGAGCAUUUGGGGUCCGGCUUGAGGAGUGCCAGCCGGCCACGGAGAACCAGCGCGUCCCCCUGAUUGUGGCUGCGUGCUGUCGCAUCGUGGAGGCACGGGGGCUGGAGUCCACGGGCAUUUACCGAGUGCCCGGCAACAAUGCCGUGGUGUCCAGCCUGCAGGAGCAGCUCAACCGUGGGCCCGGUGACAUCAACCUGCAGGAUGAGCGCUGGCAAGAUCUCAACGUGAUCAGCAGCUUGCUCAAGUCCUUCUUCCGGAAGCUGCCCGAGCCUCUCUUCACUGAUGACAAAUACAACGACUUCAUCGAGGCCAACCGCAUUGAAGACUCGAGGGAGCGGAUGAAGACUCUACGGAAGCUGAUCCGAGAUCUCCCGGGACACUACUAUGAAACGCUCAAAUUCCUUGUGGGCCAUCUCAAGACCAUUGCUGACCACUCGGAGAAAAACAAGAUGGAGCCCCGGAACCUGGCCCUGGUCUUCGGACCGACACUGGUGAGGACGUCUGAGGACAACAUGACGGACAUGGUGACCCACAUGCCUGACCGCUACAAGAUCGUGGAGACACUGAUCCAGCAUUCAGACUGGUUCUUCAGCGACGAGGAGGACAAGGGAGAGAGAACCCCUGUGGAUGACAAGGAUCCUCAGUCAGUGCCCAACAUCGAGUACCUCCUGCCCAACAUUGGCAGGACAGUGCCCCCUGGUGACCCGGGUUCGGAUUCUACCACCUGUAGUUCAGCCAAGUCCAAGGGCUCGUGGGCCCCCAAGAAGGAGCUGUACGCCCGGGAGAUGCUGGCGAUCUCCUUCAUCUCGGCGGUCAACCGCAAGCGGAAGAAGCGGCGGGAGGCGCGGGGACUGGGCAGCAGCACCGACGACGACUCGGAGCAGGAGGCGCACAAGCCCGGGGCGGGGGUGCCGGCGCCGGGGACCCAGGGGCGGCCGGAAGGGCAGCUGCAGGGCGCCGCUGCCCCCGAGGCCCCCGGGCGCCUCAGCCCCCCGGCGGCGCCAGAGGAGCGGCCGGCCGCGGACACGCGCUCCAUCGUCUCGGGCUACUCCACGCUCUCCACCAUGGACCGCAGCGUGUGCUCGGGCGCCAGCGGCCGGCGGGCGGGCGCGGGGGACGAGGCGGACGACGAGCGCAGCGAGCUGAGCCACGUGGAGACGGACACGGAGGGUGGCGCGGCGGGCGCGGGGCCGGGCGGACGCCUGACACGCCGGCCCUCCUUCAGCUCGCACCACCUCAUCCCCUGCGACACCCUGGCGCGGCGCCGCCUGUCCCGGAGCCGCCCGGACGGCGAGGGCGCGGGCGCGGGUGCGGGCCGGGGGACUCCCCGCGCCGCCGAGCUGCCGGGCUCGGCCUCGUCCAGCAGCCAGGAGUCGCUGCGCCCCCCUGCGGCGGCGGCGGCGGCGGCGGUGCUGGGCUCGCGGCCCUCGCGCAUCGAGGCCCUGCGGCUGCGCCUCCGCGGCACGGCCGACGACAUGCUGGCCGUGCGGCUGCGGCGGCCGCUGUCGCCCGAGACGCGGCGGCGCCGGAGCAGUUGGCGCCGCCACACGGUGGUGGUGCAGAGCCCGCUGACCGACCUCAACUUCAACGAGUGGAAGGAGCUGGGCGGAGGGGGCUCCCCGGAGCCCGCGAGCCCGCGGGCACACAGUGACAACAAGGACUCCGGCCUCAGCAGCUUGGAGUCCACCAAGGCGAGGGCCCCGUCGUCCGCGGCCUCGCUGCCGCCCGCGCCCGGGGACCCGGGGGCCCUGCAGAGCCAGCCUCUGCGCCGCUCCGCCACCUCCCGCCUCCAUCAGUGUCUGUGACACCCCUCCCUAGAGCCCCUUGGGAAAUAGGCGUCUUCUCUGACCCGUACCCCUCCUCUGUUGCCCCUGGGUGCAUCGGGUGAGGGUAGGGGAGCCAUGUGCUGGAGUUGGUGGGGGCGGCCAGAGAGUGGAUGGAAGGCGGGGUUCCGGAGGGAAUGCGAGGGAGAGGAGAGGGGUGGGCUGCCGGGUCGGUGUCCCUGCAUAUGCGCCUGACUGGGCCCUUCUGGGCUUCCUGUGGCUGCACUUAGGGACUCUUGUGGACCAUGGGUGUGGCUAGGGAACUCCCAAGUUUCAGACUAAAGAUACUGGCUGAUGCUGGCUUUUUGCUUUCCUCUCCUCCGCCCCCCCACCCCAGCUCCAAAGGGAGAGAUGUUUGUGUCUGGGGAGAGGAGGUGCAAGGGGGAUGGUGUCGAUGGGGCAGGGGGACUUCUGUGUGCGAGUGUGUGUAGUCACUGUCCAAAGGUGUUUCCAGUAGCAACUUCGACACCCCUGCCCACUUUGUCCCCCGCCAGGGCUCCCAGCCUUAGGUGCACACAGGGAUCCUGCCCCGCCUUGUCAGAGCCAGAGAAGGGGGUUGGGACCCCUCCAAGGAGGCAGGACUGAAACCCUCACCAGGGUUACUCCACCCCCAUCCUUUUGCCAACCUCUAAAUCACCCCCACCCCCAAGCACUUUGACCACGGGAGCUGCCUGUUCCCCAGUUUUGGGAAGGUCUGGGUCCCCCUGCUGGU